CUCUUAGUCUAGCGCCUCCAUCUCUUGCUCUUGCUCCCCAUCGCCGACCGUUGAGCAGAUCUUUGCUUCAGCAGCGGCACCAUCGAGGAUCCGGCCACUAGCGAUUAUCCUUAGAUUUCAUCUUCUUCUUCGUCCUCAUUAGGCCCUGAUCAUCUUCCUCUUGCCCUGGAAUCUGCUUGGACCGCCCGCAUCCUCCUGCCCGCCCUGUCUUCAUUCUCAUCCCCACUUCCCCAUGGCGUACACCAAGUAAUUCAAUCACACGCACUCCACCCUGAUACCGCAGCCCCAGCAUUAGCAUCCCAGCGAGACGGCAGCAGCGGAAGCAAGAGAAGCUCCUGCCCAGCAUGUCCUCCCUCACGUCAGCGGCCUCCUCGGCCUCCUCAGCCGCUGCCACCAUGAACUCCUCGGAAUCUCAAGCUUCGGCCUCCCAGGCCAUGUCCUCCCUCUCCUCUGUCCUCUCCUCGGCCUCAGCAGCUCUGCAAACUCAGUCUGGGAUAGCGAGUGGUGAAGGCGUCGACACGAAUCCUUCCUACUUCAAGUACAUCGGUAUCGCCCUCGCAGUCAUGUCCGGCGUUCUGAUUGGGAGCUCCUUUGUCUUCAAGAAGAAGGGCCUUCUCGCCAGUCAAAGGAAGUACGAGACGGUUGCCGGGGAGGGAUAUCAGUAUCUGAAGAGCCCAAUGUGGUGGUCAGGAAUGACGUUGAUGAUACUGGGGGAGGGCCUCAACUUUGGCGCAUACGCCUUUGCACCAGCCAUCCUUGUCACACCGUUCGGCGCCCUCUCUGUAGUUCUUUGCGCGAUUCUGUCCAGCAUCUUCCUCAAGGAGGCGCUGACCUUGUUUGGCAAGAUCGGCUGCUUCCUCUGCGUCAUUGGAUCGGUCAUUAUUGCACUUAACGGGCCUAGUGGGCAUAAUGGCGGCAGCAUCGUUGAGUUCCGCAAGCUCUUCCUCUCAGUCGGCUUCCUCGUGUGGGCAGGGGUUUGUAUUGCUGCUUCGCUGUUUCUGAUCUUCUUUGUGUCCCCGAAGAAAGGUCAGCAAUGGAUGAUGGUCGACAUCACUAUCUGCUCUCUUUUGGGCGGUCUCUCCGUCUCAACGACAUCUGGAAUUGGCAGCGCCAUCGUCCUCACCAUCCGCGGUUCCAAUCAGCUCAAGAAUUGGUUCUUCUACGUCCUCCUCGCCUUCGUCGCCAUAACUCUCGUAGCAGAGAUCGUCUUCUUAAAUCGUGCUCUGGCUAGGCACAACACAGCUCUUGUAACGCCUUCGUACUUCGUCGUAUUCACUUCGGCCAGCAUCAUCUCCACCAUCAUCCUCUUCAAGGGACUCGAUGCCGACGCGUCCACAAUCAUCACGUUGGUGCUGGGCUUCCUGACCACGUGUACUGGCGUCGUGCUCCUCCAACUCAGCAAGGUAGACCCCGAGGAGCUUGAGGCCAAGGAAGGCUCAGUACCAGGGCUGGACCGCUCCACUACCCUCCUCAUGCGCGCAUCGCGUUCCAUGGUAUCCACGCGUUCAGAGAAGGAUGGCCUGCAACGCGGAGCCUCCUCUACCGCUAUCGAGGACCCAGGAAUUGACACAAUUCGUGGCGGGGCAGGUCUCAUUGGUUCAAUCAUUCGCGCGAGGUCAUCACGCCGCAUACGAGCGAGUGCGGACGAGUACAACAGGCUGGGCACCGUAAGCGGGGAUGCAAGCUUCAGUCGGGACGCGGGGAUGGGAAUGCAUCAGCUCAAUUCCGGAAGACGAGGAGAUUUGCAGCGCUAUGAGCUCAGCGAUGGGCCUAUUCUCGAAGACGAGUCAGCAACCUCGAUACCGCGGAAGCGUGGGUCUGGUAGCGACGCGAAACAGGGUAGGCUCAACGGGAUGCUCAGCCCGCCACCCUCGGCCACAUCGGGCAACUUCCCCAAGCGAGGGGAAUCCAUGAUCAGCUUCACGUCAGAGAGCUUAGAGCCACACGGGCACCACGCUGCCGGUGUUACCUCGCCUACUUCGGACUCCUUCCAUCCUACGUCGAAGGCGCCGACUGGAGGUAUUUUGGCUCACUCGUCGCCCACGACAGCGCAGCCAGCCGCGCCCUUCCUCAAUCCUCACCACGCCUCACCGGGAGGACGUGCCCUCUCCAACAUCAGCGAGGCAAGAUCGAGCCACCAGCCGUAUCCGCCGAGCGUUUUGGACGCUUACGAUGAGGAGAAGGUGCUCGACUACGAUGAGGGCGACGACAUCAAAGCGCACAACAAGGCUCAUGACAGCUUUGCCUCCACCACCUCGACGACUGCAGGGCUGUACGAGGACCCCUUUGCAAAGGGCAUCCCGACGCACCUGCUGCUCAAUGAUGAUGGCGCUCAGGGUGGAGCCGAAGGGCAACAGCAAAAGAAGCCUCGCAACCUCCGACAUAUGUUCGAUCCAUCGUCAGGCUUCUCUCAGCAGCAGCAGCAGAAGCAGUACACUGCUAAGCAGUUCCCUGGCGGCAGCGGCUCGGCUAGUCGCGAGAGCAAGGCGAGCUCUAUCCUGAAUAAAGCGAAGAGGAAGAAGGGCAGCAAGUCGGAAGCAGAAGGCGGAGGCGGCACGUCAGGUUUGCCAUCUCGCAGAUCAGAGGAGGAGCUGCUUAGUCCUCAACUAGUAAACGAGCGCUGGGGCCAGGAUAGCGAUGAGGACGAUGAUGGCAAGGCGGAGGGCAGCGAUGACGACGAGAGGCGGCCGAGCAUUCGCAUCGUGACAGACGAUGACGAAAGUACAGGGCAGCUUGGUCUAUCGAGCUCGCCUGGGAAGAUGGAUGUCAGCUUGCCAACCGCGGAUGGGCAGGAGGAGAAGGGAGGUGGAAGGGGACGCUGGUUCUAGGAGUGAGGUGCUGGUCACCACAAACUGACACGGACGAUCAAUCCGGGAUGCUCUAGUAGGAUAGAGGUCGACGGAUUGGUAUAGCUGGAUCUAGAUAAGACAAGAGGGCCGACACGCCUAGACUCGCUAUACAGCGGAGCGCAGAACCUUCUCAACCUCCCUUCUUCCUGGUGGUCAGCUCCGCUCAAUUUUGUUUCAUCGUCACCCGCUGCUUCCUUUUCUGCUCUCUUGCUUCUCGUUGGCGCAGAUUACCCUGUCAAUAGAUGCCAAUGGUCGAUGACGUUUCUUUCAACUCUCUCAUGGGGGUUGCCUUCAUCCCUUC